AUGUUGGUGAAGGGCCGGGCUCCGAGGGCACCUCCCCGAGAGCGACAGAAAGCCAACCGCGGCGGGCAGGGCCCGGCGGCUCUAGCCCCGCCCCCGGUCGCAGGCCCCGCCUCCCGGCCCCACUUCCGCCGGGCGAGCGUCUGCCGGCGGCGCUGCCGUAAGUCGGGCCGGCGGUUUGCCGCAUCACGGAAGAUGGCGGCCGCGGCGGUGAACGGGGCGGCGGGCGCCUCGAGCUCGGGGCCUGCGGCAGCCUCGGGCGCGGUCCUGCAGGCGGCGGCCGGCAUGUACGAGCAACUCAAGGGCGAGUGGAACCGUAAAAGCCCCAAUCUGAGCAAGUGCGGGGAAGAGCUGGGCCGGCUCAAGCUGGUUCUGCUGGAGCUCAACUUCCUGCCAACCACAGGGACCAAACUGACCAAACAGCAGCUCAUUCUGGCCCGUGACAUCCUGGAGAUCGGGGCCCAGUGGAGCAUCCUACGGAAGGACAUCCCAUCCUUCGAGCGCUACAUGGCACAGCUCAAAUGCUACUACUUCGAUUACAAGGAGCAGCUCCCCGAGUCGGCCUACAUGCACCAGCUCUUGGGUCUCAACCUUCUCUUCCUGCUGUCCCAGAACCGGGUGGCUGAGUUCCACACAGAGUUGGAGCGGCUGCCUGCCAAGGACAUCCAGACCAAUGUCUACAUCAAGCAUCCCGUGUCCCUUGAGCAAUACCUGAUGGAAGGCAGCUACAACAAAGUGUUCCUGGCCAAAGGCAACAUCCCUGCCGAGAGCUAUACCUUCUUCAUCGACAUCCUGCUUGACACCAUCAGGGAUGAGAUUGCUGGGUGCAUCGAGAAGGCCUAUGAGAAAAUCCUCUUCACUGAGGCCACUCGGAUCCUCUUCUUCAACACACCCAAAAAGAUGACGGACUACGCCAAGAAGCGAGGGUGGGUCCUGGGCCUCAAUAACUACUACAGCUUUGCCAGCCAGCAGCAGAAGCCGGAAGAUACCACCAUCCCCUCCACGGAACUGGCGAAACAGGUCAUCGAGUAUGCCCGGCAGCUGGAGAUGAUCGUCUGAGCACCCGGGCCCUGGGGGGCAGCUGGUUAUUUAAGACCCCUGAGGCCUCGCAGUCCCGGGUCACCCGGGUCUCCAAUAAAGGUGGAUCGACACUCUC